GCUGCCCCGCUCCCAUUACGACGCGGACUCUCGCGGCAGGUGCACCAAGCUAAGUUCCACUCCGCUUGCUUGUACCUGUACACCUACCUGUACAAGUAAAACAUUUUCUGUUUCCGACUUGUAUUCGUCGCAACAGUUCGCGUUUAGUUUUUUAUUGUGAAGGUGUGACUAUCACAGUGCAAAGGUGACUUAUACUUGUGAACUCAAUAAUUUUGACCUUGUCAGCAAAGAGUGACGCACCUGUUCGCCGCGACACUGCACGUAUGUCUCGCGUGAUUACCUCGUGACAUUGCGAAGAAGACACCUGCCUUGUCGAUCAAACACUCACUUUGUCCGCAAUUCUUUUUUUGUCACAUUUUGGUGGUGAAUUGUGUUCACCAGGUUGUCUUAUAUCCUGGUUUUCUUGGACCAUUUGGUUCCCUAAGAGUACUUGAUUAUUUGGACCAUUUGGUUUUGCUACAUCACUCGGUUUUCCUGGAACAUUUGGGUCCCUAAGAAUACCAUUUCUCUUCCCUACAUCACUUGGUUUUUCGGGAACAUUUUCCCUUAGAGUACUUGGUCUGCUUGGAUCCCUUGAUUCUUUUGUACCAUUUGGUUCUUUUGGUACACUUGGUUCCUUUGGAGCAGUUGAUUCCUUAGGUACAUUUGGUUCCUUCGGUACGGUUGGUUCCUUUCGUCAGUGAAAAGAAAAAAAUAGUGCGUGUGACUGUGGUGCAUCCGUUAAGUUUCUGUGUAAAAAUCAAAGAGACAUCAUCAGCUGUCAAAGAAAUGAGAGCAACACUUUAAUGCUCGUGCCUUAUCAGCCUGGAGAGUUUGCAAACACUGUUUGCCUUAUCGUAUCUUGGCACGGCACGGCGGAAGCAGAUUGUUGCAUGUAUUGAUAAAGACAACUUUACAAAUUCUGAAAUUUUGUCGAACAUUCGUGAAAAGAAUAAAACAAAUCUGCUGACAAUCAUCAUGAAAGUAAUAUCAAUCGUUAAUCAGUUGGAUAUCAGUUUCUGACACUCGGGUCGGACUUAUCUUGUGCCCAAGAGUCACAUGACCUCUGGAAGUGUUGAUAAGUAAAAGAUAGUGUGCGAAAGUUGAGAGCUGUGUGGCACAAAGGCGCGACAGAUUUCUUUUUGUGAAGGAAUCUCAGAUUCUCGGUGGUGAUUUAUAUCUCUUUGGGGGUUCAAAAAGAGUUGUACUAUCCUGUCUCUCUCUCUCACACAAGUCGACGAAGCACAUUUUCUUCGCUUUCCUGGUACUCCUUUACUUGACAACCUGGACAUUUUAACCGCAACGGCAAGACGAACGGAGUGGAGAUGUCCGAGGGUCGCUGAAAGAAUGAGGGAGCUGGACACCGAGAGUCCCGUCGUCUGGCCGGCUUGGUGUUACUCUGGCGAGGUGUCCGGUGAGAACGUAGGAACAGGGGCACGUGGAGGUCGGGGAGAAGCAGCUGAUUUAGCGACACAUACUGAAACUAACGACGGGGCAAUCCUGGCCGCGAAUACAGCGGUCGACGCCCGGGGUGGAAGCCCCCAGGGUGCCCACCUUUCGGGGGCAGCAACUCCAAGGCCUCCACGAGGAAGAAGGCGACAAAAUCAAAACGGUCUAGAUACACCUCAGGUAAAAACUGAGCGUCUCACACCCGACAAUAAUUCAACGUCAUCGAGAAGUGUAACUCCAUCUUCUUCAAGUCAUCCUGGAACGCCACCCAAUGCCACGUCCUUGGGUGGAUCCGAAGGUCCAGCACCACCUCAUCAUCUCAAAAAUAUGGAGCAGAUGAUGGGACGCAACUAUAGUGACUUUAUGAGAAGCCUUGCCGCAAAGUACAAUAACGCCAAUCCAAACGAUUACUUUAGUACCCCGAGAAACGGUUAUCCACCUGGUCUGGAUCCAAGGUUUCCGGCCUUCAAGACUGCUGCGACUCCAUUUGUUGGCCUAAUGGCUCCCCUUGGUGCACCACAAGCUCCUACAGUACCAACGACAUCACCUCUGUCUAACAAAGAGUCCAAAGAGCAGAAACAGGAUAAUCUCUUUGGUAAUCCAGUCUUCCCGCCAAUGCUAGACAUGUCUUCGACUCAAGCUCUUCUGCAUAUGGUGCGAACAGCGAAUGCCGCUCAAAAUGCAGCGGAACUCGAAACUUACCUCAAAGGUGCAAAUAAAAGGGACGCCGGAGUUUCGAGUCCCUUGGAUUUGUCUAGUCCUGGGGGUUUCGCACCUCGAAAACGACAGAGAGCAGAAUCGAGAAGAUCUGGCAGUGUUUCUCCCAAACCGAAAACAACCCCUGGACCAAGUAGUCCACCACCGGUGAGAUGUCCCUCUUUGUGCGGUCACAUGCCCUGCGGCGAUGGUCAAGCCGUUAAUCGUUGGACUAUCGAAGACGUCGUCAAUUACGUCUCAUCAAUAGACAUCUGCGCCGAAUACGCUCAGAAUUUUCGAGAGAACCGAAUCGACGGAGCGUCGCUGCCUUUAUUGUCAGAGGAGCACUUGACGGGCCCAAUGGGAAUGAAAUUGGGUCCAGCGCUGAAGUUGAGGGCGUUACUGGCCAGGAAGUUAGGAGCGUGCACAGUCUGUCUGCACUGUGCUCACUGCCAUCAAACACCACUUCCGGCGCUCAGCGUCGCUGCCGCAGCAGCCGCAGCGGCGACCGCAACGCAAACGCCUGGCAGGCGGCCCAACAGCACCGGAAACUGACAAACAAUGGCGGAGACUCCAGUUGGGUCCGAAUUGCAAGACCCAAAUCGCGCUCUUAGGAUAGAACGACGUUUUCCACGACCGGUUCGCAAACCGGAAGUCGUCUUCAAAAAGCCAAUAAAGCAGUGACCUUUGUCAUUAUCUCCAGCAAUUAUUUUUAUUGUUAUUCUGUCCGAAUAGGAGACUCCGCCUUUGUCAUCGUACAUGCUAAGUGUUUCCGCAAUCGUUUAAGAUUUGUGCCUGAUUCUUUCUUUUAAUGAAUUUCAUAAAUUUCAUAAAUUUCAUAAAUUUCGUAUAUUUAUAUAAAAAAAACAAAAAAAAAUAUAUAGAUAUAUAUUUACCGUACUUAACGAAUGGUAGAAUUUUUCGAAUACUAUUUGCCGCGUGACGCACGUACUAAUAGAAUAUCUGUUUCUAUUUUCUGUGAUUUACUGAUUUUUCUUCUUCUUCAUAAUAUUUAUAUUUUUUUUAGUUUCAUCUCGGAUUUUGAUGAUUAAUAAAGAGAAAAUUGUAAAUUGAGAUGAAAGUAAAAUUAAUCCUAGACUUCUUGUUUAUAAGUUACUCUCUAAAUGGGGUACUCAACUACCCCAAAAAUUGUUUUGUUCCUGGAACGAUUGUUUAUUUAAAAAUGUGUUUAAAAUAAUGCAUAUUCUUUGUUUAUCAAAUUACAAAAUUAUCUUCUAAAUUUAAAAAUAAAUCUUGAUUUCCAAUUUAGAAUGAUUAUUUUCAAGCAUCAACUUUACUUUCUGAAUAAUUU